CUCAUGCUGACCAACGUCCCAAACCCCUUGCAGAUUUUGAUCCUCCGCAGAAACCGAAACGCAACAAGUAUGCUUUCGCUUGCGCCAUGCUAGCUUCCAUGACUUCCAUCUUGCUCGGCUAUGACAUUGGAGUAAUGAGUGGGGCCGCAAUCUACAUAAAAAAGGACCUCAAAAUCAGCGACGUGGAAUUGGAGGUUCUGGUGGGGAUCAUCAACCUUUACUCACUGUUUGGUGCGGCGGCAGCCGGCAGAACCUCCGACUGGAUCGGGCGGCGCUACACCAUCGUACUAGCGGGAGCCAUAUUCUUUGUAGGAGCUCUGCUGAUGGGUUUCGCCACAAACUAUGCGUUCCUAAUGGUGGGUCGUUUUGUUGCUGGAAUUGGCGUCGGUUAUGCUCUCAUGAUUGCUCCUGUUUACACUUCCGAACUCUCGCCCGCUGCCUCUCGUGGUUUCCUCAGUUCUUUCCCUGAGGUGUUCAUUAAUGGAGGGCUAUUACUAGGAUACGUUUCAAACUACGCAUUCUCGAAGCUGCCACUUCAAUUGGGAUGGCGAAUGAUGCUUGGCAUCAGCGCCAUCCCCUCCGUGCUGUUGGCCGUCGGCGUCUUGGCCAUGCCUGAGUCACCUCGUUGGCUGGUCAUGCAAGGUCGACUCGGAGACGCCAGGAAAGUCCUCGACAAAACCUCCAACUCCAAAGACGAAGCCGCCUUAAGACUCGCGGAUAUUAAAGAAGCUGCUGGCAUUCCCCAAGAAUGCAACGACGAUGUCGUUCGGGUUGAGAAACGUAGCCACGGUGAGGGUGUAUGGAGAGAGCUAUUCCUUCAUCCUACACCGACGGUUCGUCACAUUUUAAUCUGCGCCAUUGGUAUUCAUUUCUUUCAGCAGGCGUCGGGCAUAGACGCCGUCGUCUUGUACAGUCCCAGGAUCUUUGAAAAAGCCGGGAUUACAUCUGAUGACGAUAAGUUACUCGCAACUGUAGCCGUCGGAUUUUCGAAGACUAUUUUCAUCUUAGUGGCUACGUUUUUGCUUGAUAGAAUCGGACGACGGCCAUUGAUUUUGAGUAGUAUGGGGGGUAUGAUCCUGUCCCUCGCCACCCUUGGAUUCUCUUUAACGGUCAUUGAUCACUCACACGUAAAGUUACCAUGGGCUGUUGGAUUAGCCAUCACCACAGUGUUAUCAUUCGUCGGGUUCUUCGCGAUAGGGAUGGGGCCCAUCGCGUGGGUCUACAGCUCUGAGAUCUUCCCUUUUAAGCUACGAGCUCAGGGAGCGAGUAUGGGAGUUGCAAUGAAUAGGUUUGUAAGUGGGGUCGUGUGUAUGUCUUUCUUAUCCCUUUACAAUGCCAUAACAAUCGGCGGAGCCUUCUUCCUUUUCACGGGAGUCGCAUUUGUGUCCUGGGUGUUCUUUUAUACUAUGUUCCCGGAAACACAGGGUAAAACCCUUGAAGAGAUGGAGGUCCUUUUUGGUAACUUCUAUUUGUUGAGGGACUCCAAUCGCAAGAUGAGGAAUAGUCAACUUAUCGGCAACAGUAACGUAAACAGUGACGUUCCUAGUAUCGUUCAGUUAUGGGCUGUGUUUAAUCCUGAAGCUUAUUUAGGCAGAGAUUCAGAGGAAGAGAGAGGCGUUUAUGUUACAGGUGUGAUGCAAAAUUCUUAUCUUGUGAUGCAAAAUUCUUAUCUAGGCAUUGAUGUGGAGAGAAACAAUUAUAGUUCAAUGGCAGGAAUACAUGGGCCAAAAACGAUAAAGCUAAAAGGGAAUGUUCAAGGUAGGGAGCUGAUUGUUUUGAUUGAUAGUGGGGCUUCCCACAAUUUCAUCAGUAUAGAGGCAAUAGGGAGUUUAGGGAUCCCAAUUGUUGCAACUCUUUCUUUUAGAGUUAGAGUUAGAGUUGAUGAUGGGUAUCGGGUUACAUGUAAAGGGGAGUGUAAAGAAGUUCCCUUGGAAUUACAAGCCCGCAUACAUGAUGUCUUCCACGUUUCACAAUUGAAGAAAGCCAUCUUCUUUAUUCCAAAUAGUCAACCACUUCCAGAGAACCUCAAUGAAGACCUUGUGCUGAUCGUUGAACCCGAAAAUGUGCUCCAGAAGCGGAAGUUGUUGAAUGGACAAUGGGAGGUCCUCAUUCAAUGGAAGGGGCCACCUCCUCAUGAAAGCACUUGGGAAGAUUUCCACACUAUCAAUACCCAAUUUCCCUCGUUCCACCUUGAGGACAAUGUGAUUCUCCUUGGGGAGGGUAAUGAUAGAACCAAUGAAGUGCCGGUCUACAGUAGGAAGAGUAAAUGGGUGAAAUAG